AUGGCUUGCGAUCAGGAGAAGGCGCCGAAGAUGGGGAGGACGCCGGAGCCAAGGAUGAGAACCGCGACCAAGGGCAGGACCUUCGACAUCACAAGGAGGUCAGGGAAAGGCGGAAAGGCGGCGCCUGUGCCAGAGAGGCACCCGGCGGGGGAAAGUGGUGGCCGGCGGCGGCCAGGGAGGCCGCAGGCGGGUGGGAGGGUGGAGCGGCUGGUGGCCGGCAGCGGCCUGGAGGCCGCCGGCGGGGGAGGGGGAGAGGUUGUGAGUUCCGUCCGGCCUAUAGCGUUAACAGAUCUAGGUCUUAGGAACAGCCGUACCUCCUUCUACCUUUGUCGACCAGGCAAAAACCCUGGUAUUGGGUUCAAGAGUGUUUUCUUGAUAUCAAGCCAGCCCCAUAUAUUUAGUAAUGGUUACCAGAUCAAGUUCAAUGAGAAACCAUGUGCUGAAUGCAAUAUUGGGUACAUUGUCCCUGAGUGGGUGGAAUCUGGACCUACCCUUUCAGAUAUCAAAGCCAUAUAUGGAUGCUCCAAAAUCCUACCUACAACCACAAUCAUCUUGCCAUUGAAGAGCGAGAAGGUUGAUGCAGUGAAGAAACAGCUGUCAAGCUUGCAUCCUGAAAUGCUACUGUUCCUAUCAAAAAUCAGAAAGCUUUCUGUCCAGGAGCAUGACUCUGAUCCAAAGAGUAGCACUGUUAGCGAGAUCUCAGUUUCCAGUGAAAAGAACUACCAAGCCAGAAAGAACAUGCAUGCUGAGUCUUAUACACUCCAUUUAUCAGCUGAAGAGAGUGGAAAAGGAGAAGAAGAAUGUGGUUAUUAUAUGUGGAGGCAGAAAUUCCCAGUCAAGCCAGAGAACAGGGUUGAUAAACGUGCUGAAGUCGAUGAAUGGGUGAUAACCCUGGCGUUUCCACAUGUUAGGUCUGGCAUAAAAAAUAAGGUUCUCGCCGAGGAUAUAGUUCCAUGUGAAUCUUAUGCUUCACAGAAGAUAUUCUGCAAGCCCAGUGAAGUUGCACGGCUUAAGCCAGCCUUUUGGACUAUCCUUGGCAAAGCACGGGAAUCUGGUGCAGAUUUGAAGAGUCUGUCAACUCAUGGAACCUACAUUCUUAGUUCCCAUUUUGACAAUAGUAGAUACAACAGUGUGCUUGAGUUUCUUGGUAUCAAAAGCGUGAGCACUGAAUGGUACGCAAAAUGCAUUGAAGGGUCUAAUCUUGUCAAGGAGGCUACUCUGGAUAGUUUCUCAGAGAAGAUGACAGUGGAAAGCUGGCUUCGGAACCAUGCAAGAAUGGAGGUUGUCUCUGUCUACAGUUAUGGAUUGACUGUUGCUGCUUCCUUGAGUAUUGAUCGAAGGCCUGUCAUUGCUUUUGCACACUUUCUGUACCACUCAUUUAAGAUGAAUUAUAUAGAGAAGUACUGGUUAUCAGAACUCUGCCAUGUCAUGCCGGUAAUUGACAGCGGUGGCCAUGUUGUCAAGGAAAGAAAAAGCAUAAUAGUUCCAGCCAAUGGGAGCAAAUGGGUUGGUUUGUUGGGUGCAAACCCAUGGAGGGAUAAAGGCUACAUUGAAUUGUCAGCAGAUUACAAGUCAGUAGGCCAUUUUGCUGGGAACUACACAUCUAAGGAUCAGCUGUUGGAAUUUCUCAAGAUGCAUCUGCAUGCCUCAGAUGUGCCAUUCAUACACCCACCAAAUGCGAGGUUCCAUACUGUCUCAUCGCCUCUCACAGUGGACAAUGCAUUCUUGCUACUGGAAUGGAUACGGAAUAUCGUCGUCGUCCGCAUCCAGCGUCUCCAGCGCUGCGGAGUUCACCUUGCCACGGUACUGGACAUCCUUGGACUCGUGGCAUGCGCGAUGACGACAUGGUUGUGGGCGCCGCCGAUGAAGCCGAUUCCCCGGGCAUGGAACCCGGUGGUGUCGAGCCUGGUGGGGUCGGUGCCGCGCCUGGUGAUGCAGCGCGACCCCCCGGAACUCAAGGCAAUUGGGGUGAGAUUUGAAUUUCAGGAGGCAUCUUCUUACAUUGGAAGCCAUCUCAUGUCUAUGGCUGAAAGCAACAUGUUAACCAGAGACUGUGUGUACUCCUUGCUUCGGCUCAUUCGGUUCCUACGAGAGAAGGUUCUAUCUCCAAGUCAAUUGAUUGACAGUGUCAAAGGUGGAGAUUUCAUAAGGAAGCCCAGAGAUUUGAAAUGGGUGAAGACUAAUGUGGGAUUUUGUGCUCCAAAUGUCUCUUUUCUUGUGGAUUCUGAAUGGGAGUGCUUUGUGAAGAUCUUCAAAGGACUUCCAAUAACUGAUUUAGGAUUUUAUGGGAGUGUGAUCAGUUCAUACAAAGAAGAGUUGAAGAAGGCCGGUUUGAUCACACGAUUUGAGGAGGCAUCGAAGGCUAUAGCCAAUGUUUUCAAGCGCAUGGUAUCUGAGUCAUCACUUACGAAGGCUAAUGUCUUAGCUCUACUACUAGCUUACCGGCAGCUGAGAACACACAGCCCACUUCCUGUUGAGCUUUUCAACUGCAUGCGCACAGAGAAGUGGAUACACACAUCACUAGGGUUCCAAUCUCCCUCAAAUACAAUCCUAUUUGAUAACGCAUGGCAAUAUCUAUCUCCCAUAGCAAUAUUACCGUUCAUGGAUGAUGGUGACACUUGUCAUGGUUUGGGGAAGGAAAUAUACGGUUAUAAAGAUGAGCUUAGGGAGUUGGGUGUUACUAUUGAAGUGAAAUUUGGUGCCAGAUUUGUCCUUGCUGGCCUCAGCAUUCCUGAUGAUCCUUCCAUUAUGUCCAAAGCUACCAUUUUGUCGUUUCUGGAGUGUAUCAAGAACUACUUUGACUCUGCAACUCAACCCCCAAAGGGCUUUAAAGACAAGAUUUCCAAGAAGUGGUUGAAGACAUCCUUGGGCUACCAAUGUCCUGAUGAAUGUAUUCUCUUUGAUGCAAAACAAUGUUUUCUACACAUGGAAGAUGGCCCUUUCAUCGAUGAAGCAUUCUAUGGUUCAGAGAUAGCUUCAUUCAAACAUCCCCUUGCGAUGAUUGGAGUGUCUGUGGAUUUUUAUUGUGCACAAGAUCUUAUUGCCCGGUAUUUGAGGAAUAAAACAUAUACAGAUACUAUUUCCCGGAUCUACAUGUAUCUGAAGAAAUGUGACUGGAAGCCUGACAACAACAACAGAAAUUGGAUUUGGAUACCAAAUGAAACAGAGGGUGGAGACUGGCUGCAUGUUCUGGACAAAUAUUAUGACAGAAAGCUGCUUGACUUCUUUUCACUUGCUUUCAGUGUGAGGCAUGGACCUUGUUCUGAAGACUACUGCAAACUAUGGGCCACAUGGGAGAGUUCGGUCCACGAGCUAGCCAUAUCUGAUGGCCUCGCUUUCUGGAAAUUCAUUGCAACGAACUGGACCAAGAAAACAGAGGAAAUUCUUUCUGGUUGUGUCAAGGUUCCAGAGAACGUGUUCAUACCUGAUGAUCUACUGCUGGCAGAUUUGCUCAGCAAGCAUCCUCAGCAAUCACUAUUCAUCUGGUAUCCUUCUUCUGCUCUACCUUCCAUGUCUCGAGCAAGGUUCAACCGCAUAUAUGGUAGUAUCGGUGUCAAGACAAUCUCAAAAGCAGUCACCAAGAAUGAUUCCUUCACUUCAGCUAAUAGCCGUUUCAAAACAGUGGUUCUGAGUAAGGUGAUCAAGGUUGGGUUGCUCCAAAUAGUCCUCGCAUACCUUUCGAAUCCUGCUUUUGACAUUCCUGCUGAAGAUAGGCACAAGAUGGUUUCUUGCCUCCUGAAUGUGACUAUCGAAGAGACCGAUGAACCGAUCACAAUGGCAUACAGUGUGAGUUUGUCCUCUGGAGAGGUGGUGGAGGUGAAGGCCAGACGAAUGCUUCGGUGGGAAAGGGAGAAUUCAAAGCUGUACAUGCAGAGAACUGAUGGCGUAUCCAAAUACGAAGACAAGAUUGAAUUUGCGACCUACUUUGCACAUGAGAUAUCUCAUGGGUUGCUGUUUCAGAUGCCAGAUCAGAUAUCUUUGCUCGCUGAACUCAUAAAAAUUGGCAGCUUACUGGACUUCGAGCCCCUGCCGCUGUUGCGUUCUUGCUGA